CAAUUGCAUAGCAUCUCUUCACUUGUGUACCAACUCUUGUGAUUUGUACAAUUGUAUCAUAUAUUUACAGAGGACUAGGAAGGACACAAUUGCAGAGAGCAGUGCUCAAGAGAACUGUCAGCCAUUGCAGUCUCGACCCGCUCUGUCUGCUUGUUCCUCAGCAAGUGAUAAGAUGAGAAAUUCCAAUCCUGAGAAGACUGCCUGGGUCACCCCUAUGUCUCGUCAGUCAGAGCCUCUGAAGGAUCACAGCAACGACAGCAGUUCUGGGCAGAGUUCUUCAUUAGAAGACACUGAUGAAGAGGAUGUGCAUGUACCUAGAUUAAGAAGGACUAGAAGUGUUAUAAUGAGAGGGUUUGUUCCUGAAGAUUCAGAUGAGCUGUUUGAUUCUACUCCAGAUAGUGGAAAGGAGUACAUCCCUAACUCUAGAGAUGAAAGGAACGAAAGUAGUUCAGAGAGUAGUACCUCCCUAAAACCAGUGAAACGGAGCCAUCUGUCUUCCACAGAUGAAGCUAUCCCCUCUAAUCUUGUCCCUCAUAGCACAUCUUCAGGUGUCAUGGGUGUUACAGAGAGAAGCAACCUUGAAGUUAUGGAUCUAAAUAAAUGGCCCAGCAAAAGUCCUCCAGUGAUAGAGAGUGAUGGAGUCUGCAGCAAUUCUGAGCUUGUGCAACAAGAAGGGGCAGUAGUAGUCAAUGCAGUCAGAAGAAAAUGUGAUGGUCGUAGAGCAUAUGACAAGAAACAUUACUGUCUGUUUUGUUUGAAACCUUUUAGCAAGAUGGCAAGACAUCUGCAGUAUGUCCAUUCCAGUGAAAAAGAAGUGGCUAUAGCAUGCAGUUUUCCAAAGGGUUCUAAACAGAGAAAAAUGCAUUUGGAUAAUUUACGUCACAGAGGGAACUUCGUCCAUAAUGCUUCUGUAAUUAAAACGGGCAAGGGUGAACUGGUUCCAUGCAAACGACCACCAAAGAAAGCACAAGGCACUGAUUUUAUGCAUUGUGCAUAUUGCCAAGGGUUAUUCACCAGGAACGUUCUUUGGCGACACGUGAAGAUGAAAUCACAGCUGCUGUCAGAAAUGAUAGCUGCAUCAUUCAGCUGGGGGAACAUUUGUUGA